AUUAUACUCGUGCUUCGUCCUCGAGAUUAGUAUAACAUAGAUUAUAUAACACAAUGUAGUUUCGCAUAGUCACUCCACUUUUGCACUGUUGUUUAAAGAAAAAAAUAAAAAAUAAAACAUUUUGAGGGUAAGCCUGAAAAUGUUUUUCUCUCCUCUACCGCCGAUAUUUCCUAUGGCGGGCUCACUCCACUGGCGUCAUUCGCAGUUUAGUGCUCGACCACUUCGCACGAAAACCAAAAUGCCGAAACGACGUAGUGAAAGUACCGUCGAAUUUUUAUCAAAAAAAUUGAAGAAAUUGGAAAGUGAAAUUAAACAUUGUCGUCGGCCGCGUCGCCGCCGGCUACCAUCCAGUGCAUCCUCGUCGACCAGCUCGUCGCGCUCAAGCUCAUCGAGUUCAUCGCGCUCCCGCAGCGGGCCCCGCGCGCGCUCGACGUCACGGGACUCAAAGCCUUCGGAAAAACAUUACGACCGACAUGCAACAGAGCCCACGUCGCCUGCGACGCCACGAGAAACUGCCGCCGCCCAAGAACCGCCCUGCGCCGCCUCGCCGCCCGCCCAAGCUGCUCCUGUUGCACCAGCGACGCCACACAUCGCCACUGCCGACGUCGUGCCGCCACCUGUGCUGGCUACGGAGCAAGCAGAUCCGCAGUUAGAUCCUGAGAUUCUGGACAUCUUGGGCGAUGACCCGACCGCAGUGCAAAAGUUUGGUGCUAACAUUAACAAAGACCUGGCCAACCGGUUUAAUCAUAUAACCACUGCGGGUUUGGACAAGGAAGGUCGGAAAUUACUGAUCGAAAAAUAUCUUAUCCCGGCGAAUUGUUCAAAGAUAGCCGCUCCUCGGCUCAACCCGGAGAUAAAAGCGGCGGUCCCAGACAGCGUUGUGAGACGCGAUAAAGCGAUUGAAGCUCGACAGACGGAGAUCGCUGCCGCUAUUUCGUGUCUAAGUCAAGCGAUAUCGAAUCAACUCGCCGAAAAACAUACAAAUCAUGAAUUGUUAAAACGACUCAUGGAUUCGGCGCGCCUCAUGUGUGACAUCCAGUACAGUGAAUCUAUAUCAAGAAGAAACUUCACUUUGUACUCUCUGAAAAGAGAUAUUAAGGAACAAUUGACGAACGCCAAAAUUGAUACGUUAUUGUUCGGCGAAGAUCUACCCGAGACUAUAAAAACGGCGAAGGCCGUCACAAAAUCCAGCUCCGACCUCAAAAUGGACGUUCCUAAGAAAACGAACACUCAAAAAUAUCCUUCGAAGACUUUAAACUGGAAGACGGGGUCCGGCAACCGCAAGGCGGCGGCGGCGGGCCCCAGUCGCCGCCAGCCGCCGGCAGCAGCGAGCAGCCGGCCGCCCGCCAGCUCGUCGCGCAGCUCGUCGCAGCCGCAGCGGAGCCGGCCGCCGCGCCGCCACUAGCAGCGCCGCACGCCUCACAACAACCGCAACCGGAACCUCAACAUUACCCUGGUGGGCGCAGUAUUGUCCGGACGGCGUUAUUGCGAAGAGACACACCCGCAUCAGCCAUCGACAUAACGUUGGCCUCCUUGUCCGACAACACUAUGAAACAAUACGAUGGUUGUUUCAAGAAAUGGUUCACAUACUGCACCAAUAACAAAAUUGACAUGUUUCAACCGUCUAUUCCUGUCAUAAUAGAGUUCCUUGCCGAGGUGUUUAAUAGCGGUAGCCAGUACGGCACAGUAAACUGCUACAGAUCCGCUAUAUCGUUGCUAGUAGGCCCGAUAGCUCAGGAUGAACGACUCACGCGAUUCUUUAAGGGCGUGUUUAGGUUACGACCACCCCUACCUCGCUAUAAUAUAACAUGGGACACCAGCUUACUCCUAGACUAUUUAGCAACGCUGUAUCCCAAUGAAACGUUGACUUUUGAGCAACUGUCAAAAAAGUGCAGUACCUUACUCGCUAUUGUAACAGCUCAUCGGGUACAGACCCUCUCUAAGAUCAGUAUCCUUAACAUAAAUGUUUCUGCUGAUCAAAUCGUAAUAAAAAUUCCCGAAUUAAUAAAAACUUCAAAAUUAGGCCGUCCCCAACCAGUUUUAUACUUACCAUAUUUCACCGAUAGACCAGAAAUAUGUCCCGCUAACACCUUGAAUUCUUAUAUGGAGAAAUCUAAAGAAUUUCGCAAGAGUGAGCAACUGUUUAUUGGAGUUAGAAAACCCUAUAAUCGUGUAACAUCCCAAACGAUAAGUCGAUGGAUAAAAUCAACGCUCAAAGAUAGUGGAAUUGACGUUUCAGUAUUUUCUGCCCAUAGCACCCGGCACGCCGCUACAUCCAAGGCGUUCAAGCAGGGUGUCAGCUUAGACCUGAUAUUUAAAACCGCAGGCUGGAGCGGCAAUUCCUCUACCUUUGCCCGUUUUUAUAAUAGACCCAUCGCUAAUAGCAAUGAUGACUUGUCUGUCCUAGCUAGAACUAUAUGUUCAUCUGCAAAUUAA